AUGACUACCGAGUCUUGGAGAAAACAUUUCGAAUUCUCGCCUUGUGACAAAGAUCGAACAAAUGCGUUCUGUGCAUUAUGCAAAAAGAAUUACAAAGAUCAACGUGGAAUAUAUAGCAAUUUCUUAAAACAUCUCAAACGUGCACAUCAGCAUGAAUAUAAUCAAAUCUUCAAUGAUGGGAAUGAAUGCUCAAAUGAAAAGGAGAACUUUACCAAUGAUGAUCAAACAGAAUUCAACUUGGCAACUACUGAAAACAAACAAAAUCGACUAGACUCAUCCAUAACAAAAAAUCUAAUUAUUUCCUGUAACUUACCGUUUAACUUGGUUAGAAGUACAGGCUUUCGUAAUUUUAUGAAAGACUGUAAUGUCAAACACGAACCAAUAUCAUCAAAGAAAAUAAAACGCGAUGUCAUUCCUUCAUUUAAGAAUUCAGUUCACAAAGUUAUUGAUGAAAAAUUGAAGAAUAUUAGUUAUAUGACAUUAACCGUGGAUGCUUGGUAG